AUGUUUUCAUGUGGAGCUUCCCACGACGAGGAUUAUCCACGUGCUGCUUUUAGUGCUGGAUUCUUUGGAGAUAAUAAUUAUAACGUUACUAAUAACUGCGGCCGCUGCUUGAAGGUGGCGAGUAUUCUAGGACGACGCGAAGUGAAGGUGCGUAUUGUUCACGAGCGUAACGAUCAUGGGCUCGAACUCGACCUAAGUAGUUUCAAUCAACUGGAUAAUACUGAUGGCCGUGCAGAUGUUGAAGGCCAGCUUACGGUGAGGUAUCGGUUUGAAAGCUGUUGA